AUGACGUCCCGCCUGUUGAGUGACAUUUUCUAAGGAGCCAGAUUAAAGAAAGCCGUUACCAAUGACCGCAUGGACCCCUUACACUGGACAGGAGGUGGUGGUGGUGGAGGAGGUGGUGGGGCUCCUGCUGGUUUAGGAGGCCUGUUUGCAGGAGGGAUGCCAAAACUGAGGUCUGCAGGAAACAAGUCCAAUGACUCGGGACCCAGCCGAGGACCCAUGCUCCCCCCAGGAGGUCGCCCUUCUGCGCCCAGCCCUUUCGGUGGUGGUGGAGGCCCACCUAAACUCCCAGGAACCCCUGGUGGUGUCCGGGGAAACACCCCUGAUCUUCCCAAGGGCCGGCCCAGUUUCUCAUCCAGACCGGACACUCCAGGAGGCCCUCCUCCUCCUGUACCAAACACACCUCGACCAACCCAGAGCUUCCAGUCUCGUGGGGGUCCACCUCCACCGUCAUUCUCUGGAGGACCCAGGCCCAGCCCGCCUUCAGGACCUACACCUCCUAGUGUUCCACCAGGGAGGCACGGACCUCUCCCUCCCCCACCAGGGGGCUCCUCACCUGGGCCAAGACCAGGAUUCUCUGCACCUCCUCAUCCACCCCCAAGCAACAGCCGACCCACCCUUCCGCCCACUCCCGGAGGGAGGCCUCCACUUCCUGAUGACCGACCCCCACCACCGCCAGCUCCUAUGGGAGGUCUUCGGCCAUCUAUGCCCCGCGAUAUGCCCCCUCCUCCUCCUUCUGUCAACUCCAAACCUUCCGCUGUCCCUUCCUCUACCUCUCGGCCGUCACCUGGUGGAGGUGCGCCCCCUCUCCCGCCAGGUCGACCGGGCCCUCCUCCUGUCCCACCCACCCCAGCUGGAGGGGACGAUCACAGCACCCCUCGUCUUCCCCAAAGGAACAGCUCACUCAACAGCCAUGGUCCAGCUCCACCACAUAGUCGGGCAGGACCUCUCCCUCCUCCACCAAACGAGCGACCGCCAUCUCUCGGAAGGAACCAACCCUCUCCACGCUCAGGCCCUCUUCCUCCUCCUCCCUCAGGGCGUAGCGUGGGUGGGGGCAGUGUGAGGUCAUCGGCAGCUCCCUCUCCUGUUGGUCGGCCAGAGCCCCCUCGCGGUGGACCUGGCGGUAGACCUCCCCUCCCUCCAGACAGACCGGGGGCGGGAGGGCCCCUUCCUCCGCCACCACCCAUGGGUAACGGCUUCCAAAACUCUCACCAUAACCAGAUACAGGAUGAAUGGGAGUGUCGAUUCAAUUUCCAUCCAUUAUCUGACCUGCCUCCACCGGAGCCCUACGUGCCCUUCCAGAAGACCUACCCCAGCAAGCUUUCCAAGACUGAUGGCAAAGGUUCGGGUAAAAAGGAGAGAGGAGCUCCUCCUCUUCCUCCAGUACCUAGGUGAAGAAGAGGUGGCAGCAAACACACCCCCUAGAACUACCUUCUCUGUUUCCCUACCUGUCUCCCUACAUGUCUCCCUCUCUCUCUCUCUCCUCUUGU